UUCUUCUACAGGUAGCAUUUGGAAUGGGAAUCAACAAACUAGAUGGGCUUUGAUUCGCAUCGAUUCCAGAAGCUCAGUUCAAUGUUUGACUAAAUCGAUUCCAAAAGUUCAAUUCAAGGUGAGCAAGGAUGAUGCAUUGAAGAUGUAUCGUAGUACGGUUACCCUUCAAACUAUGGACAACAUCUUCUACGAAGCACAAAGGCAAGGAAGAAUGUCCUUCUAUCUCACCUCACAUGGAGAAGAUGCUAUCAACAUUGCAUCAGCUGCUGCACUCACCCAAGACGAUAUUAUCUUGCCUCAGUAUAGGGAACAUGGUGUUCUGUUGUGGCGUGGUUUCACCUUGCAAGAAUUUGCCAACCAAUGUUUUGGGAACAAGGCUGAUUAUGGGAAAGGAAGGCAAAUGCCAAUUCAUUAUGGGUCCAAUGCGCUCAAUUCUGUAAACUUAGAUAGAUGUUUUUGAGUUUGUUUCAUGGUAGGUCACCAAAGCUCAACAAUGGCUGUUUGUCUAUGCCAUUUUCUUGGUAUAGAAACAGGGAUUUUCAGGUUGAAGACAUAAUUUCAUGUCUAUAAUUGAUAAUUUAUUUUUAA